GCCGGAGCGGGGCCCCCGCCAGGGCCGAUGCGGCGUCCCAGCCGCCGUGGGUGCGGCGUCGCUGCUCGUGGCUGGCGCCCUCGCGGCGGCUCUCUCUGGCCGGCCAGCGCCCUCCCCGCCGGCGCGCGCCAGCGCGGCCGACGCGCUCGGCCUCGUCGGCUUCGCGGGGGGCGCCGAGGGCAGAAGGCCGGCGCUGCGGGCGCUCUCCAACAAGUCGAACGCGACCAACGCGACCAACACGACAAACGCGACACUGUCCAGGGAAGAGAUGUUGAACCAGCUGAUCGAUAAGCUCGAGGGCCUACACAAGACCCUGGACAGAGUCGACAACAUGGCUAGGCUCAUGGUCGAGGGGUACCACCUUGGGGGCCUCAUCUACUGCUACGACCUGAAUGCCACCGUGUGCGGCAAUCCGAAUGACCUGCGCAGCCUCAACGCGACCGGGUCGAUCUGCUGCGCUCCGACCGCGACCUGCUGCGGGAAGCCGACGGCGCAGAUCUGCUGCGGCGAGGGCAACACCUGCUGCCCCAACGGCCUGUGCGUCCAGAAGCCAGAGCACUGCCUGACGCAGUAGGCGGUGCUGUAGGAGCACGGUAAGAGAAGAUUGCCUGCCAGCGGGCGCCCCAUGGGAGAUUAUUAUCCCCCAGCGCCCCGGGGACCUUGUAUAAUGAGGGGAGAUGGUUUUUGUUUUUGUUGCCUCACUUUGAUAUGUUUGCUCUGGUCACUCCUCCCAGCCUUGCCCGAUCCGCGCCACCAGAUGGAGUAAGCAGAUACUGCUUUCAAAGGAACGCCCAAAAAACUCCUGGCAAAGGCCGGUUGGUGGGCGGAUGUCGUGGCCUACGCAAAGCGACGUGCCACAUCCAGUAGAAUGCAAUUGGGCGCCACAUGGUGCAGCCACUCAAAGCAUGGCGCCGCAUGGCUGCAUGACGACCUCGAGCACGGCUUGUGGCCUGAACAGCCGCGAUCAUCACGGUCCGAGCCGGUCGUCGUCG